AUGGACGUCUUCCUCCUCCUCCUCCUUACCCUUUGCGUCGCCGCCGUUAUAAGAUCCACCCUGCUCCGCCGGAAAACCACCAAGAACCUACCACCAGGGCCGUCGUUCCUUUCCUCUAACUUCCUGCUGCUAACCAAAUCUCUAACGGAAAUCGGACCCAUCGUCAAAAACCUCAAGUCCAAGUAUGGACCACUCAUCACUCUUUCCACCGGUUCUCGUCAUUUCAUCUACGUUGGCGAUCAUUCUCUCGCCCACCAACUUCUUAUCCAGAAAGGCGCCAUCUUUGCCGACCGCCCUCGAACCUUCCCCGUACGGAACAUCUCCUCAGCCGCCUACGGCCCUACUUGGCGGUUCCUCCGUCGCAAUCUUGUCUCCGAGGUUCUCCACCCCUCUCGCGUCAAGUCAUACUCCUGGGCGCGAAAGUCUGUCCUCCAUAACCUAAUUGGCCACCUCCAGGAAAGGAAGCCAGCGGCAGCGGAGGAGGCCGCCGGAAUAAUAAAGGUGGUUGAUCAUUUUCAGUACGCCAUGUUCAGCCUGUUGGUGCUUGUGUGUUUCGGAGAGAAGCUUGACGACCGUCGUAUUAACGAAAUCGCGAAGGUACAACGCCGGUGGAUGUUCUUAGUCAGCUCCGGCCGACUUAACGGGCUCGCCUUAUUCCCACGGUUGGGGAGCAUAUUGUUCAGAAACAGAUUGAAAGAAUUUAUGCAAAUCCGAAAUGAUCAAGAACAAGUGUUGAUUCCACUUAUCAAAUCUCGAAUCGAAAAAGCAAAUGCCGAACCCCAAUCAGUAGCAGACGGCGAACAAAUUGUGGCCUACGUCGAUACCCUCAUGAAACUCCAUCUUCCGGAGGGGGACGCAACUGACGGAAAUGGCGGAAAGCUCACCGACAAGGAGAUGGUAAGCAUGUGCGGCGAGUUCCUUAACGGCGGCACAGACACCACCUCCACCGCUCUAAUAUGGAUCACGGCCAAUCUCGUGAAGCAUCCCCACAUUCAAAGUAAGCUCUACGAUGAAAUCAUUUCAGUCGUCGGACCACCACCUCCACCACCAUCACCAGGGGUGGAGCUAGAGUCGGUUAUAAAGGAAGACGAUCUACAGAAAAUGCCAUACCUGAAAGCGGUGGUUUUGGAAGGGCUGAGGAGACACCCAUCAGGCCAUCUUCUGCUGCCACAUAGGGUGACGAAAGAGGUGGAGGUGGAAGGGUACAAGAUUCCGGAGGGUGCCACCAUUAAUUUCUUGGUGGCGGAGAUAGGUUGGGAUCCAAAAGUAUGGGAUGAUCCGAUGGAGUUCAAACCAGAAAGAUUCUUGAUGAAUGAUGAUACCAUGAAUGGCGUUUUUGAUAUAACUGGAAGUAAAGGGAUAAAGAUGAUGCCAUUUGGUGCCGGAAGAAGGAUCUGCCCCGGCUACGAUUUGGCUCUGCUUCAUUUGGAAUAUUUUGUUGCCAAUUUGAUAUGGAUUUUCCGGUGGACUGCCGCCGAUGGUUAUGAAGUUGAUCUUUCCGAGAAGGCUGAGGUCACCAUCCUUAUGAAGAAUCCUCUCCAAACACGAAUCUUUCCAAGGGCUCAAAAGUAAACCAUUUAUGAAGGUGUAUUUGGUAUCGU